CGACACGACCCUAUACGACUAGUCUCUGCUGACCUCGAGAUCUUCAACUGCUCGUCUCGCACUACGAUCAAGCAACCUGUGUACGACCCCUAAAUUAUCCAUUGCAAGUGUAGGACGCAACGGUCUCCAUGUCUUUCUCCCCAAACCCAUACAAGCCUAUCGGCACUCCUGCUCCUGGACCUGCCCCUUACUAUGCUGAGAACCCAUACGCCCCGCCACAGCCCGGACAGUAUGGUUACGGACACGGCCAGGGCCCUAACCAGGGAUAUAGCGGAGACACCAAAUCGCCUUACGAGGGCGAAAGGUUCAAGCCGAAGAAGAGGAUCAACGAUCCCAUCUUCCUCAUUCUCUUCAUCGCCCAGCUGGUCGGAUUCGUCGUCAUCUCGGUCGUCACAGUGUCAAAGUUUGGAAAUGCUGGGGGGCUCGGUGGAGGUGUCGGAUCGGACAACACAGGGAAGAGUGUCACCUUGAACUACCAUACCGUCAUCCUGCUCCUGUUUGUAACAGGAGCAGCUAUAAUUUUGUCCGCAAUAUACCUCAUCCUGACACGCGCAUUUACGAGAGCAAUCAUGCACAUAACAUUGAUCUUGUCCAUCCUACUGAACAUUGGAAUCUGCGUAUAUUACUGGAUUACCAAGUACUACUCGGGAGCAAUCAUCUUCACUGUCAUCGCACUAUUCUCUGUCUUGUCGUACUGGGGAUACCGCUCGCGGAUCCCACUGGCCUCCCUGCUCCUUCAGGUCGUCAUGGACGUGACCAAGCACCAUCCGAGCGUGUACUUCGUGGCAUUCACAUCGCUCAUCUUGCAAGCUGCGCUUAGUGUGUGGUACACCUUCACAGUCAUUGCGACCUAUGUCCGAUACACCCCUGGUAGCCCGACCUGCGAUUUCGGCCAGUCGUGCUCCACAGCCAAGGUCAUCGGCUUCAUCAUCUUCGAAACCUUCUCCUUCCUUUGGACAUCCCAGGUGAUUGGCAACGUCGCGCUAGCGACGCUCGCCGGCGGGCCCUUCGGCAGCUGGUACUAUUUCGGUCCUCGCGAUGCCGGGCUGAUGCCCAAGCACCCCACGCUCUCGGCCUUCGUCCGCGCGUCGACCCUCUCGCUCGGCUCGAUCGCUUUCGGAUCUUUGAUCGUCACCCUCCUCGAGCUCGUCAAGAUGGUCUUGAAUGCGGCAAAAAACAGUGCCAACGCGGACGGUCACCCCGUCGAAGCUUGCCUGGCGCUGUGCGCGGAGUGCUUCAUCGGAUGCAUCGAAAGUGCCGUCGAGUACUUCAACCGCUAUGCGUACAUCGAGAUCGCGCUGUACGGCAAACCCUACAUCCAGGCGGCGAAGGAUACCUGGCGGCUGUUCAAGGACCGUGGCAUUGAUGCUCUCGUCAAUGACUCUCUCGUCGGCAUGACUCUCACCUGGGGCGCGUACGUGACAGGCCUACUCUGCUCCCUAUUCGGGUACCUCUACCUACGUUACACACAUCCAAGCUACAACGCGGACGGGCAAUAUACGGCUCCCGUCCUUCUGUUCGCCUUCCUCAUCGGACUACAGAGCUCGCUGACGCUGAUGUCUGCCAUUGAGGCCGGUGUUUCCACGAUCUUCGUUGGCCUUGGGGAAGACCCACAAGUUCUUGCCAUUCGCGCACCUGAGCUGUUCGCUUUGAUUGCACAGACGUACCCGCAGGUUGUCCAGGGAGUACCACGAGUGUAGGUGUCAGGUUAUGGGAUUAAAAUGGGAUCGUGGCCUUUGCUCGCUCUUUGUUGACUUUGUCGUGUGUGCAUAUAAUCAUGAGAGACAUACUCCAAUGCCGAGGAUAGACUUGCUGCGGAGGCGAGUCGGACUAUAGUGAG